AUGCAGCUCCCCGCCGUGCCGGGCGCUCUCGCCCCUUCCCUGCUCGCCUUCCCCCUGGCUUUUGGUGUCAGCGGCUUGGUGGCACUGGCAGACAGCCCGCUGGUGCUGACGGGGGUGCUGGUGCUCGCCGGCCUGGUCUCCAUCAUCUACUUCCUAAGAGCAGGGAGCUACUUCCAGGACCCCCUGUUCUGCGUGUUCGUGGCGUUCUCCUUCACCUCCGCCGUUGACCUGAUCAUCUCGCUGGAGGAGGAUGGCUUCGUUUCUGGCUUUGCAGAGGUCUACGUGAGGGAGGGCGAGCCGUACCUGCGCACGGCGCACGGCAUCAUGAUCUGUUACUGGGACGGCAUCGUCCACUACGGGCUCUACCUCGCCAUGAUCACAGCCAUGAGCCAGCGGAAGAGCUACAGGAGCCUGGGGCUCUUCUGGCUGGGCUCUCUGAUGAUGAGCAUCGUGGUCUUCCUGCUCGGGAACCUGAUAGGCAAGUACAGCUCCGACAUCAGCCCUGCCUUCCUGCUCAACGUGCCCUACAUCCUCAUCCCCAUCUGGGCUGGGGUGAGGCUCUUCCAGCAGCCCCGGGCCCUGCCGUGUCUCACGGCGGAGCAGGUUGCAGAGGAGCAGCGCAAGUGGCUCCACCAGCGGCCCCAGGACGUGGCGCUGGUCCUGCUCUUGGUCCUGGAGGCCGCCUUCACCUUCUUCAGGGGCAUGGUGAUUUUGGACUGUCCUGCUGAUUCCUGCUUCGAGUACAUCUACCAGCACGAGCCCUACCUGCGCGACCCCGUUGCCUACCCCAAAGUGCAGAUGCUGCUCUACCUGUUCUACGUCCUCCCCUUCUUCUGCCUCUGCAUCUACGGGCUGCUGCGGCCGGGCUGCUCCUGGAUGCCCGACUGGAGCCUGGUGUUCGCCGGAGCCGUGGCGCAGGCUCAGUUCUCCCACCUGGGCUCCUCGCUGCACUCCCGCACGCCCUUCCCCUACCAGACCCCCGAAGACGUCUGGUGGAGCUUCCUCGUCACCAACGUCCUCUACGCGCUGGGGCCGCAGCUCCUGGCCCUCCGCUGCCUGCGUCGCCCCGCGUUCUUCCUGCCCAGCGCCCCCGCCAGCCUGGUCAAGAAGCACCAGUGAGGGGGGGGGGCUGC